AUGGAUGAUCUUAAUGGAACACAACUUCAUGGCCUUCACAACCACUAUCAGCAAAUGAAGCAAAAUAUGGGUUUUCAGGAUAACCUCUCGAUGAAGCUGGUCAGAGAGUCAAUGGCUGACUACAUAAUACAGAGGGUCCAUGGCUACCAGGCUUCCGAUGAUGACGAGGAUGAUAGCGAACAAGAACGGGAAGCGAAUCCAGCGCAGGAGAGGGCAGCCAGGAUAGCUAUGAUCAAAAACAAAUCAUUCACCACCAAAGGACAGGGUACCAGCUCCCAGCGUCACCUACAAGAGGCUGCCACCUCCGCCUCGGAGAUGGACGAGAAGCCCUCACCGUCUCCCGACAAACCUGGAAGGCGGGGCAGGAAGAGAAUGAAGAAGACACGAGGGAGAAAGAGGACGGCGAGGGAUCGACCAGCCACCGAGAUAGAAAAGAAGAAAGCCUGGUCUAUUCUACCAAUGAGGAGGUUGAUUGAUGUGGACGAGGAGAAGGAGGAAGAUCGUGAUGAAGAUUCUGAUUCUGAGCAAGACAGAAAGAAGAGAAAAUCGCCACAAAAAUCAGCUUCAAAGAAAGACGCAAAAGGAAAAAAGAGCUCACAGAAGAAAGGAGACAAGGGGAAGGACAAAAAGAUGAAGAAAAAGAAGAAGAGGAAGAGGCGUCAGAAAUCUGAGACGGACGGGUCAACAGCAGAAACCUCAUGGGAUGAUAAAAGCGAGGUCACCGGAAGCGCAACAUCCGGUACGGAGACCGAGUCAUCCCCACGGAAACGGCGAGGUCGGAAGAGGAAGCGAGGGUCGUCUCAAAGCGGGGCUGAGGAGAGUAGUGAUGGGAGGAAGAAGGGGAGUGUGUCAGACUCUGAUCGGCUGAAAGAUGGGUCCUUUGAGAGUGAGGAGCUGGGGACUUCCCCUAUAAAGGGGAAAUCCCCCAAUAAGGGGAAAUCCCCCAUAGGACAGACUUCACAGAUUUCCUUCUACGACUCUGACGAUGCUGUGACAGGUGCGAGGAGCGAGGAUGAGGAGUUUACCUCUCUGAAGCGGAAGAGACGGGGGCGACCCAAGAAGUCGGUCAUGCCAGAAGAAGACAUAUGGAGUACACUUGGAAAUAUGAACCAUCAUCAGGAUGGUUGGGUCAGUGAUGGUGGACCCAGCUCCGGUGUCCAUGUUGACUUCAGUAGAGACGGAUCGGAAGCUGCGAAGAGAUCGCCACCUAAGAAAAUAUUGCUCGGUGUGAAAAAGACACCACGGAAGGACUCGCCUGUGCAGGGAUCUGGGAAGGGAGUGACUGUUCAAGAUGGGAAGGGGUUGGAGAAACCACAGGAGGAGAAGAGGAAACGAGGAAGGAAGCCGAAGGGUGCGGUAGAGGAAUCCCCAAGGAAAUCAUCAAGACCAAGAAAGGUGGUCAAGUAUGAGACAUGAUCACUUUACUUGUAAAGGAUGGACUUGUA